CUUCCUUAAAGCGAACAGCUGCAUAACUUUCUUGUUUUUGUGUCCACGUCUUCCUCGUUACCUCGACUCAAAAAGUAUUUCCAGCUGCCGGUGUGUGAGCACGUGUGUUUUCAGUUGUGUGUCGUGACUGUGAAACAUUAUCAUCGACAGCUGGAUUGAAAACGUGUUAAAGGAGCCUGAAGAAAGAGAACCAUGCUCCGCUGCCGGAGGUGUCGGAAAGGCAUCAUAGACUCGACAUGUUUGUCAGUGGUUGAGGCCACAGAUGAAAGCUCAGCUGCUGUUUGCAGUAUUUGGCAUGUGAAUGUUGACACGUUGCCAGAGUGGAUACUGAGCUCAGUUCACCAGGCCCAGUGGACUGUAGGAAAACUGAACUGCCAGAACUGCACAGCUCGUUUGGGUGGCUUCAAUUUCAUUAACCGUUUUGAGUGUCCCUGUGGCCUGGACGCCACUGUCCACCUUAACAAAAGCCGUGUGGACGAUGACCACAAACGUUACGUUCUCAUCGUCCAGCCGAGGAGGACAAGGCCCGAAAAGGGACGUGCCGGUCUGCCAAUAGACGUCUCUCAGAACAAAGAGCAGAGGCCUGAAUUUAACAGGACUGCAUUGGACAGUUUACAGCUUAAUUGUGCUGCUGUCAUGUCCCACAUCAGCCCUGCAGAGGCCUCUAAUUCACUGGCUGACGAUGAAAACACCCAGCCAUUCUCUUUCAGUCCUCUGUACUGCAUCUCUCAAAGGAGACGGCGCAGUUUGGAAGAUGAUGCCGUCAUCAGUUCAUCAUGUUUUUGCGCUGCAGGCCCUACGGACAAGUCUGCUGUUGAGAUGACAAGAGCCGGCACAGAUGAGUCUCCACGGCCUCCUGUUUCGUAUCCCACAAGUCAGCACUUUGACCUUGAUGGUGAAGCGUCUGUCAACGCUGUCGCCCGUCGUUCAUCUAUUUCUGGAAGGACACGGUCACCUCUGAAUCAACAGCUCCCACAAACUGUGGAGGAUGUCGAGUCAUCUCCAGGGACCACGACUGUCCACGAGGAGGUUUCUGAUUCAGCCCUGUUCCUCAGAGGGAGAUCCAUCUCUGACAGUGUAGCAGAGCAUGACGAGGAAUUGGUGCCUCAAGCCUUUAUGGCCUCCCCGGACUCAAGCAGACUGAGCAAAAGAGAGAAGAACCGUCUGAAGAGCUUGCGCAGGAAACAGAGGAGGAGAGAGCGAUGGCUGCACAGUGAGCUGGAGCAGGCUAAGAGUGUGAGCACUUCACUGCUGGACAGUGAGGAGGAGGACAGAGAGGGUCUCACCUGCGCCGUGUGUCUCGAUGUCUACUUCAGCCCGUACAGCUGUCAGCCCUGCGGUCACGUGUUCUGCGAGCCGUGUCUCCGUAUAAUCACCAAGAACCGACCCACAGACACACCCUGCCCUCUGUGCCGCACCCUGAUCUCUCAUACCAACUUCGACAAAGAUCUCAACCAAACGGCUAAGACCUUCUUCCCAAAAGUGUACCAUGCCCGCAAGCAGAAUUUCAAGAGCGCUUCGUGUGCAAAAUGGCCUCUGCCCAGCUGUCACAAACACUUCCGUAUCUUCUGGAGAGAUCAGAGACGGGCAGUGAUGGCAGGAAGACGCUGGCACUUUGCCCAUGGAGGUUUCACGCUGGAUCCUUUGGACCUGACUGACAUGCGCGGCUGGCUCUUUGACAUCGGCCUGGUCACCGUCUACAUCCACUCAGUCACCUGGAUCCUGGCCUUCUUGUUCCUCUGUUUGCUCACAUACUAUUUCUUUUUUUGAGACACUGAGGAAUUGCAGUGCAGGGCAGUUUUUUUCUUUUCUUCAAAGUGUUUGUGUGUGUGUGUGUAAUGUGGUUUUCCUGGUCAAACCUGUUUUUAAGUGGCAAAGUAUUUUACAAAUGGAGGUGGUCGUGAUGUGCAUAGAAGCAAGGAGCAGGAAACUGAUCAUUUGCAGGUUUGCACGCUUGCAAAAGUUGAAAAUAUGGGUCACCUGACUACAAAUAUUUUAAAAUGUAAUGAUUUGAACAAAGCUUAGAGCCCAACACCCAUUGUAUAAUACACUUAGGAGUUUUGAGAGAAAUAAUGGGCAGAGCUGAAGUACAGAAAAACUGAAGCGGAGUGGUGUUUCAUCUGUUAAUUUACUUUGCACAUCAGGAAGACCUUGUCAAAAGGGUGCUGUUUGGUGAUGAAAUCUUUGGGUUAUGGAAGUAUUUAUCAGACAGAGAAAAACAAAAGAUUGAUGCCACCCUCAAGUCUGUGAGUUAAGUACGGUGCUGGAGCCCGGAGGCAAUUAGCCUUGCUUAGCAUAAAGAUUGGAAGCAGCUAGCCUGGCUCGGUCUGUAGUUCAAAAAUAUGCCUACCAACAACUCUACUAAUAAACAUUUUAUUGUUUAAUUA